AUGGCUGCCACUUCCACUUCACCAGAAAAGCAGAUGUGGGAGGACCCGAAGGUUGCUAAGUCCUACGCUUCGGCAGAGACCAUCACAGGCCCCUACGCGCAGCGUCUACUCGAGCGGACAUUGGCACCCGAUAUUGAGGGUGACAAGGAGCUGGAGGUGCUAGAUCUGGCCUGUGGCACAGGAAUCGUGUCAGCCAAACUCAUGGAGAUACUCAGCCAAACUGCGACGCGCGGUGUGAGUAGCCCGGGGUUGAACCUGACAUGCGCCGACUUCAGCGAAGCAAUGGUCGAGCUUGUCACCAGCCGCAUGAACACGGCUGGCUGGAAGAACACCAAAGCCGUCAGGGCCGACGCCAUGGAUACCGGCCUUCCCAGUGCCGAAUACACGCACAUACUGAUGAACUUUGGUCCAAUGAUCGUACCAGACUGGGCAGCUGCGCUGCGCGAGAUGCAUCGUAUGCUGCAACCCGGUGGUACCCUAGGGCUCUCGUCGUGGAAAGAACUCGGCUGGUACGCAGACGUGAGCGCUGCAUUCGCGGAAGACCCUGAACUGCCAGCUUUUCCGGCAGCUGACAAGAUGAGCAAUCUCAUGGCCGUUAACGGCCACUGGGAUGAUGACCAAUGGAUCAAAGAAACAGUACAGGGGACCGGGUUCGAGGAUGUGUCGGUGGAAUCUAUGCCACACAAGACCACUUUCCCGAAUGUAGAUGACUUCUUCCCCUUCAUUACAGGCACAUUAGGCUUCGUUGCAGGAAGAUACUGGACCAAAGAGCAAAAGGACAAAUAUAGUGAUCGAGCAAGAGCUGUUGUCGAGAAGUACAUGAGGGAUAAGUACGGUCAGGGUGCGAUUACCUGGGAUUGGGUGGCUCUUCUGACCACAGCGAAAAAGCCAGCCUGA